AUGGAUCGAGAGACUCUACAUAACGAAUACCGGGCUGUUUACAAGCCAAGACCUAAUUUCAUACUCAAGAUGUCUGAGACAACAUCUAAAGUCAAGUCAUGGACUUACACAACCGCUGGAUAUCCACAGACACUCACACUCUCUACGACAGAUGUACCAGCAAUACCAGAAUCCUCUCACUUGAUCAUACGGGUCCAUGCCACUGCGUUGAAUCCAGUCGACAUCCAAUUGAUGAACGUGCCAUUGAAUUCUCUACCCUAUCUCAAUGGACCCAAGAUUGCAUCAAGGGAUUUCUCGGGUACGGUACUGGCGGCUGGAUCCGAAACCGAGUUUGAAAAAGGGGACGAGAUCUUUGGCAUCUCUAUGGCGAUGGAUGGCACCGGAUUCCUCACCGAAGUAGCCCAUAUCAAUACAAAAGGGGCAUGCAUCAUUAAAAAGCCCAAGCAUCUUUCGUGGCAGAAGUCGGCAAGUCUACCUCUCGUCUAUCUUACCGCUCGCACUUCGAUCGAGAAAUGCAAGCCAUUCAUGAAGGCGUCCACUCCGUCUGAGAACAAAGUCGUCGUGUUGGGUGGCUCUUCUGCCACAGGAAUCUAUACUGUGCAGAUUGCCAAGUCGCUGGGAUGGACGGUGCUCGCCAGUUGUAGCAGUCGCAAUACUGACUUUGUCAAAAGUCUGGGGGCCGAUGAACUCGUCGACUACACGACAUCGUCAAGUGCGGUAGUCGAUGCCGUCAGGAAAUUCUCACCCGGGGCGAUAAUCGAUUGUGUUGGUGGGAUUGAAACCAUCGGCUUAGCACCCCAAUAUGUCACGAUAGUUGGUGACAAGACUUCUCGGAGCUCCAUGGGUGGCAGUGCACUUUAUCUCACGCAUCCACGGAUGGUGCUGAGGUGGUUGCUUGGUUAUCUGGGUGUGACCAGUUCCUAUGAAUGCAUCAUUUUGGAAGCUAAGCAGGAGUGGUUGGAGGAAGCCACCAAGCUAGAUGUUGAGAAAGAUGUCGUCAUUGACAGUGUCUUUGAUUUUGGUCGAGCCAAAGAAGCCUUUGAGCGGCUGAAUACUGGGAGAGCACGUGGAAAGGUUGUGGUUGAGAUCAAGGGAUGA